AUGCCCCCAGUAUGCAAUAACAAUAACAAUUACAAUGACUUGGACUUCAAAAUGUGGACACCCGCAGGUGCAGCUGCUAAGGCGCAGCGAACUAUGAAUCGGAAGCAGGCCUAUACCCCAGCACCGGACAAUGCGUUCUACUACUACCAGCCAUCAAAAGUAUCUGACCUGCAGCCACCCAUCCAAUCUUUACCACACUCACUAUCAUCAAAUUCUCCGUCCGUGUUGCCACCUCAACCACUUUUGUUACCUCCUCCGCCACCAUCUCCGCCACCAUCACUUCCACCACCACCACCUUCAAGUUCUCUUCCAUCGCUCGCACCAUCGCCAUCACUUCCAUCAGUGACCGAUGCGACAGACGGGUCCCAGUCUGCCGCGGUACUGCCAGGUGCCAGCCUCGAACCUGAGGGUGGGGCAAAGGAGGUUGAGUUAGACAAGUCGGAAGAUCCGGAAAAGAGGUUUGACGACAUGUGGAUCUCUUGCAUUCGUUUUGUCAAAGAUUAG